AUGUACGUUCUCAACUAUCAAGUAUCAUCAGCACUGUUCGCCGCGCUAGCCAUCCGUUCUGAACAAUAUCACAAGAAGGUAUGUCUCCUCAAUGAAACACUACGCAUCAACAAUUUGAUGUACCAAUGGACUGAAUCAUUCAAAUCAAAGUUCAUCUCCAAUUUCCUUGACCAAUUGGAAAAUCACAUGAUUGCAUCUAAACACAUUACAUUUCAACCAAGAAGUAUUCCUACAGAUCAUGAAUAUCAUAAACAGGAAGCAGACUGGAUCAUGAUGGAUUACAUGAAUGCAUAUGGCUUACGUGAAUUCAAAUCGCUCCCAAAGACAUUAUAUAGCUUGAAGUUCGAUCGAUCAGAUUUUGAUUCUCAAAUCGAAGAACCAAGGUUAGCAUCUAAAUUUAUAUUUUUCAACGAAUUCAUUCUUGAUUCUUCUCAAUUUAAACUUACUCAAGAACAAAAGUCAAAGUUACUUGAUACGAGGUGUUGGUGGUCAUACUGGUGGUCGAUCGCACUACAACCUUUAUAA